GGAGUACGCUAGAGCACAGCCAUCUCAGUUCGACCUCCGGUUGAAGUUCAAGCCUCUGUCGGUCAAGUGCGGCGGGGCGGAACUGGUUCUCACAAUUCACUCUAACUUUCUCUGCGAAGGAAAAGCCACGGAUGAAGACAUGCAAUCGGUGGCAUCAUUGAUGUCCUUGCCUGGCCCGGUCGACGUAGCGAAUUUGGACGACUUCGAUGAAGUUCCUUCCCCCAACAACUCGCGAGUAUCGUCACAGGGCUUGCAAGAAGUACAAAUGAAGAUCUCAGAAUUGACCGGGAAGCUUAGCGAGUUGGCGGAAAAAGUCAAUGAUCCUCAAUGCUCCCGUGACGUUACCGAGCCUCUCCGAGAAGAUACGCAAGAGACUGAGGUAGCUGCAUCGUCUUCAGAAAGCUCAGCGAAACCGGGAGAAAAAGUUUCCGAAGAAGAGCCGGGCCCGAGUCAAGACGACAUGACGGGCGACGAACUUCUUCUGUGGUGUCAAGAAGUCACCCAAGGCUACCGAAAUGUCACCUUGAUCAACAUGACCACCUCUUGGCGGAAUGGCUUGGCUUUCUGUGCAAUCAUCCACAGCUUCCGACCCGAUCUCAUCGAUUACGAUAGCUUGUCGGCUUACGAUAUCAAAGGGAACUGUAAAAAGGCAUUCGACGCAGCGGCGGAACUCGGAAUCCCCAGACUGAUCGAUCCAACCGAUAUGGUUGUUCUGAAUGUUCCGGAUAAAUUGGUCGUUAUGACUUAUUUAUAUCAGCUGAAGGCACAUUUUACCGGAGAAGAGGUCCAGAUCAAGAGAAUCGGAAACACUGCGGCCGAUUCCAUGUACACGUUAGUCAGGCAACCGUCGUUGAUCGAAGAGGAAGACGAGGCCGAAUACGAGAGCGGGGAGGAUUCAGAGCGAGAAGUUCUCAGCCCACAGUCGCGGCAGGAGCUUUUCAUCCCCAAAUUCGUGAGAGCAGCCGAUAAAAUCGCUGACUUCAAGUUCAAACUCAAUUCUCCGCCGAAGCCCCCACAGCGAUCUUGUACCGAUCAGAUGAUCGCUCGCAAGGAACCUGUGAAAGGAGAACCAACCGAAGAUUAUCGGAGGUCUCCGGAGACUAACACGCGACGUCUCGUCGAGCCGAAUAAGACCUUCGACUCCGAUACGGAGUCUGAGAAAUCGCCGUCACCCGCUCAGGGCAGUCCGAUCGACCUUCCGCUACCCACCGCGGCGCCCCCGCGGUCUUUAUCGUUGCCGAGCGGCUGCUCCGACAUCGCAAAGCAGAAACCCGAGAACCGUCAGGAGGAACUAAGAAAGCGUGCUCAGCAGCUCCUCGAAGAAGCCAAGAAGCAAUCACGCAAUCAGCACAUGACUACCAGUAUUUCCGAACAACAGCUAACCGAGGCUGAGAUCAAACGGCGAGAACAUCUUCGCGAACGAGCUCGCCGACUCAUCGCAGAAGUGAAGCAAGGCUUAACUCCGGCGCUUGAUCCGCCCGGAGAGCCAGCAGUUCCACUGUUUAAUUCGGCGUUCCCGACUCUCGCAAGCGGCGAGCGACGCGCAUCGUUCUCCUCUCCAAGCGAAAUUAAUGGCAACCCCAGCCGGAGCCCGAGCAAGGAACGAAGCGUCAGUCGAACCUCGAGCAAGGACUCCUGCCGCAAAGCCACCUAUAUUGAGUUGCAACUCGAAGCGCUAGAACGCGAAAGACGACAGAUCGAUGAAGAAGCUGAACGUUUCGAACCAUAUCUGCGUCGAGUUAUGAAAGUUGGCAACAAGACUGAGGAGAAUCGGUGCAUGCAGAAGUGGUUCACUCUGGUGAAUAAGAAGAACGCGCUCAUUCGACGUCAAAUGCAACUCAAUCUGCUGGAACAUGAAGGGGAUCUAGAACGGAAGUUCAAUCUGCUACAAAAAGAGUUGAGGAUCAUGAUGGAGAUCGAGGACAACUCAAAAACAGAUGCACAACGGGAGCAGGAGCAAGCACUCAUUGAGGAACUCCUAGAGAUUGUCAAUGAACGAGACCGACUGGUCCAAGACUUGGAUGAGCAAGAGAAAUGCAUCGAGGACGACGAAUACAUCGAUUUGGCGACUGCGCAACGCCUACAGGACGAACAACAGAAAUGCCUCCUGCAGUGAUAUGCUCCACCUGCAUUAGCUUAUCCGCUCCGUGCAGUGAACUCAGCCUCGAUGGGAUUCUGUUGGAAUCUGGCGUAACAUUAGGGGAUAUGAUCCUUUUCCUGGAAGAGAACCCUCUCCGGAGCGAGAUCUCCCGCUCCGCGAUGGCCGUCGAAUACUCCGUCGCAGUACCAGUCUGUAGAAAAGAGAAAGAGAGUGGAAGUGUAUGUGCGGAAAUACGUAGGAUCCGAGGUAGUGCUGGAAGUCCUCGAGAGCCAUGGUUCGACUGAAGGCCGUAUUGUCGUCUCCCUAGUCACGAGGAGAGCUUCAACACUCCGCGAUCAGAGCUCACAGAGUAGUACUGUGAACUCCGCUCGAUGUAAAAACAAUGUGAACACACCCCACUGAUACCGCCGCGGAUAGAAAAUACUCUCUUGUGCCGGUGUUCGCCGUCCCGAUAGCACUCAGAAUGCCGGACAAGACGCUUGAAAAUAUGCUUUACCGACACGCGCGAUUAUUUUCGAGAGAAUUGUGAUACCUUAAAGCGAUUGAUAAGCGAGGCAAUAAAUAAACGCCGUGUA